AUGGCGCAGGCUAACGACCUGUUUGACACAAUCAUGAAGGAGCUGAAUAAUGUCAUUGUCUGUGACAAUGAGCAAGCUAUACUUGAAGAAAAAAGUAUUUCAUUUCACGAAGAAACGGACAUAGAUGCUAUUCCACCAUCUUUGCUCAGAUACUUUGAGAGCUCCCAAAGCCGAGCAGAAGUGUGUGAGAAGCUCAUCCUUGAGAACGCUGAAGACUUCCUUGAAUCACAUCACACUGAGGACAAGAUAAACUUUCCUACUGAACUGGAAGAGGACAUAAUGAAACUGAAAGAGCAGGUUGACUCUGACUCAGAAACGAAUGACAAUAAGAUUUCCACCGACAUGGGCCUUCAUGCAACCACAAAGAAACUUCUCACUCCCAGUGUGUCAGUGUGCACCAGGAAUGAAGAUGAAGCUGUAGCAGAUAUAGAUAUGGAGAGUGAGAAACCUUCUUCGUAUGAAAAGAGGACCCCUGAGAUAUCACUAGAUGAGGAGGAGAGCCUGAACACAAGUGGAUAUGAGGCAGAGCGAGAGAAACGGUGCUGUGAGGAGGUGAAAACGGAGGAGCAAAGGAGACAAAUAGAGAGUGAUUUUCAAAAGGAGCUGGAUAGAAUUAUGGAGGCCGAGAAGCUUCAUCAGAGGGAACUCGAGCUGAUGGAGAAAAAAGCUCAGGAGAAACUUGAACAGGAGCUUCUCCUACAGAGGGAAGUGAUCAGCAACUUGCAGAAACAGGUGCAAGAAGAGAGGAGGAGGAUGGAAGAGGAGCAGAAGAGAAUGAAGGAAGAGGAUGACAAGAGGAAAAAGGAAGAGGAGAGAAAGGUGAUGGAGGAACAGAGAAGAAGAGAGGAGGAGGAGGAGAGAGGGAAGAUAGAAGAAGAGCAGAAGAGACGAAAGGAAGAGGAGGAUGCGAGGAAAAAGGAAGAAGAGAGAAAGGAAGAAGAGAGAAAGGUGAUGGAGGAACAGAGAAGAAGAGAGGAGGAGGAGAGAGGGAAGAUAGAAGAAGAGCAGAAGAGACUGAAGGAAGAAGAGGAUGCGAGGAAAAAGGAAGAAGAGAGAAAGGUGAUGGAGGAACAGAGAAGAAGAGAAGAGGAGGAGAUGAGGAGGAUAGAAAAAGAGCAGAAGAGACUGAAGGAAGAGGAGGAAAAGAGGAAAAAGGAAGAGGAAAGAAAGAGGCAAAGAGACGAGGAGGAUUACACAGAGGAAGAUAAAGAGCUUAAAGGGUAUGAACCAGACAAAAUAAAACUGGAAAAUGAGAACAAAACAAAAGAUAGCGAGGUUAAGCAGGGACAGAAGAAGGAUGAAAAUCUAGUGAAGGUAGGAAGGAAAAAUGUAGAGACAAAGAAGGAAGAGGAGAUGGAAAGCAAGAAAGACGUGAACAAAGAAACAGGAGAGGAAAUAAAACUGGAAGAACUGGAGGACAAAAACACAAGAAUGGUGGAAAAGAGGAAGAAGCCAGUCUUGGUGGAAGAAAAGCUGCAAUACCACAUCAUAAAAUGUCUAAAUGAGAAGAAUCCUAAGGAUAAAUGGGAAACUUCCAAUUCCAGCCCUGAAACCAUACAACAACAAUAUGACCAAGGCAGAAAAACCAAUCCAACUUCCGCUGAUGAACGUAUAGGCGGUGAAAAUCAAGCAAAAGAGCCUUCAUCUGGGUCUGAAUUAUUACCGGUGUUCCUGCCAGAGCACACAGAGCAGAAAAGACUGUCAUGGAUGAAGGAGUGUGUCCCCUGGUCCAGACUCUCCCUACAGAACAAAAGGAAGCAGAAAGGAUCUUUCCAGAGUGGAAGGGGGACAAGAAGGGCUAUGGGGUCCAGCAGUCUGCCACCUCUAUCCACAGAUACACUGCUUCAGUCCACAGGCUGCACAUCCCUGAAAGAGGUGACCACAGUGACCCUGGAGGACUUGCCUGGCUGUAGCUUGUCCUCCUUUUCUCAGUGUAUGCAACUUCAGUCCCUCACUCUCAGACGCUGCGGCCUUAAAUCUCUGGAAGGAAUCAACCAGCUGCUACAGCUCUGCUACAUUGAUGUGCAGGAAAAUGACAUCUCGUUUGUGGACUGUGAAAACAUGAAAUGUUUAAGAGUUCUUAAACUCAGCCACAACAACCUAACGUCCAUCCAUGGUUUAACUGGUGCAGAGAAUUUGGACACUCUGGAGCUCUCACACAACUCCAUCACACGCAUUGCUGGUCUGGAGUCUUUGAGGAGACUGCAGAAGUUGUCUCUGGAUCAUAAUCAGCUGAUCAGCACUAAAGGACUUAGAGACGUUUACACCCUUCUCCACCUGACCUGCUCACACAACCACCUGGUCAGGGUGGAGGGUUUGGAGAACAAUGCUUUACUCAACACACUGGACCUGAGAGCCAACAGCCUCACAGAGCCCCCCAGUCUGAACAACCACGUCCUCCUCCGAGAGCUGCAUCUGGAAGACAACAGCAUCUCCUCCCUGCUGGACCUUAAUACCUGCUGGCUUCCACUCAUGCAACAUCUCUCUGUGGCCCAAAACAGAAUUACCCAGCUGCCCUCCAUGUCGGAUUUUGUGUCUCUUCAAAAUCUUGAUCUUCGAUUCAACUGCUUGUCAGAGCUCCAGAACGUGUGUGAGAGUCUGGAGGGCUGUCAGUUCCUCCGAGAGCUCCACCUCACAGGGAAUCCUCUCCAGCAGGAGAACGGUUGGAGAUCCACUCUUCGGAAAGCGCUUCCUGCUCUGAGAGCCACUGAUGACCAGGAGACAGGCUCCGCUACAUCGCUUCCUGCUGUUCAGCAGGUCAGCUUGGCCUCAGGCAGCUUCCUAGCAUUUUGUCAGGCUCAGAUUCAACAGACUCAUGAUUUAGAGCUGCAGCUCUGCAGGGAGCUCAGUAAGGCCUCAUCUCUCCUGGGUGCUGUCAAGAUCUCCUGCAGACACUUCACUGAGGCUCUGCAGCUGGCUGAGGACCAGAGAUUCGCCCAUGAAUAUGGUGACGCCACUGUGGCAGACAAACACAAGGCUGCAGGCCAAACAACACUGGAGGAGACUGCUAAUGUUGGCUGUAUCAGUACUGAGAAACAAACGGAAACGGAAGAUACUGAGAAACCUCCAGUGUUCAUUCCAAGAAAGGAUAAUAUCAGAUGCAGCUACUGGACUUUAGAGGAGAAUCCAGCUGCAGAGAGGCCACAUGAUGCACUGAGUACUGUUAGUACAGGUCUGAAGACAAGGCUAACAGUGAGUGAAGCCAACUCUGGCAGUGUUGACUCCUCAACAAUAAAAGAAAAGGAGUCUUCAUCCAAACACAAAGUGGAUUCUGUCUCCAACCAUCAAGACCUCAACCUCCAAAACAGAGCAGCAGUCGUGAUUCAGCAGAUGUGGAGGAAAUACUGGCAGAGAUGUGGGAACAUCGGCGGCUCAUCCACAGCUGAGAGGGUAGGAGGAGGAGGAGGAGAUGGAGGAAAGCCAGAGUCAGGACCUUCCUUUAAUAACAGGAGCGUUCUUGGCCAACAUUAUGCAGCAACUAUCAUCCAGGCUGUUUGGAGGGGUUUCACUCUGAGGAGGAGGCUCACAUCUGCUCUGGCUGCCGUCACAUGCAUGGACAUCGGAGAGGAUGACACCUUCGAGGAGGUGGACGUAGAUGAAUUUGUCUUUGAUGAGGUAGCACUGGAGAAACAGUGGACACCGCUGUGUGAAGACCCACCUCACAGACAUUAUGAUGAAUCAGAGCAGCAGCUGUCUCUUCAGGCUUCUGGGGUCUUUCUUGAAGCCUCCCAGCAUGUCCUCCCUCCAUCGCUUGUAUUGAGGUCAAAGCAGGCCUGGGUGGAUGAUGAACAGCUGGUGUCGCCUGAGCUGAGAGCUUCACCAGAAAGCUCCAACAGAAGCAAAUCUCCUGCUUCAGCACCAGUGCUCAGUGGUCUCACUGAGAGAUCGGAAAAGAUUCUUGAGGAAUGGGGCUUCACUCACAGCCACACAGCUCUUCUGAUGCUAAAACGGGCUGAGAAGAUGAAAUCCAAGAAGCAACAGCAGAAGAAAAAUCCCUCCACCCAUCUGUCCCUCUUCAGAAACUGCAGUUACCACAAGGAUCCAGUGGGGGCACAAAAGGGGCCAGCAAAGCACAACAGAAAUAAUAUGAAGGUUGGUGAAAAUGAGCCGAGCCUUCAGCAGGCAGAGAAGACGGAGCGAGAGAAGCAGUGGCAGCUCACUCAGGCUGUUCACUCCGACAACAAUUCAGAGAGUGUUCGUUUCUUACCGGAGAUCAGCACAGACAUCCUGCAAGGAGGCAGAGUGCAGCUUGUGGCGGAUCUGGGAUACACAGAACGUCAACAUCAUGCCAGUGGAUUGUGGGCCAACAGCAGUUUGGCUGCUCGACCCUGCAGAGAGAACUGUUAUCCUGGCAGAAACUCUUUGGGUCAUGAAAGAAAAGAGGUUCCAUCUCCGAAGCGGGUCUCAUCUGCUCCGUCAAAAAAGGAUCGCAUCUCCUUCAGAGACAACCCUGUCCAGCUGAGCGGCGGCUGGGGAGGAGGGAAGAAAAGGGGCCAAGUGCACAAGUAA